AUGGCGAUACAAGAGCCUGCCCCACAGAAACAUAGUGCGUGUAACGCGUCACGAGCCGCAAUCCUCCACUUGCUUCAACGGCUCAAGCCCUCUGGCUUCUUGCGUAAGGCGACCGACUGCUGCCUACAAUACCCCGGAAGAAGAGGCAGGCAAGUGCCAAGUGGAGUCUCGAAUAGUGGAUCUACUGUAGACAACCCGGUCAGUCUUUGUCAUGAAACAGCCUGUUAUACCUGGUCCUUCAUGAAGCCUCUCUUUUCGAUCUUUGAUAAUCCAGCCUCCACAAAUUCUCACGUGUUGACCCUAGUCCACCAGCUUACCGCUCUCACGCUGCACCGGCACCCCACUGCACUAGACAUGGGUCUCGAGCACAAGGCUUUACCAGGACCUGAUCCGAAUCGGGACAGGGCCAUCAGAAUAGGGUAUUUGGGCUGA